CUUCCGACAGUGCGAGGAUCAAAACCAGGCAAAAAUGUCCAACUUCAAGAGAACGAAAUUAGAGGACUGUGCUUGAAAUCCAGAGAAAUCUUUCUGAGUCAGCCUAUUCUACUAGAACUUGAAGCUCCACUGAAAAUAUGUGGUGACAUCCACGGACAGUACUAUGACUUGCUUCGACUCUUUGAAUAUGGAGGUUAUCCACCAGAAAGCAACUACCUGUUCCUUGGUGACUACGUUGACAGAGGAAAACAGUCUUUAGAAACAAUUUGUCUUCUAUUGGCCUACAAAAUUAAAUACCCAGAGAAUUUUUUCCUCCUCAGAGGGAACCAUGAAUGUGCCAGCAUCAACAGAAUUUAUGGGUUUUACGAUGAGUGUAAGAGGAGGUACAAUAUUAAGCUGUGGAAAACCUUCACGGACUGUUUUAACUGUUUACCGAUUGCAGCCAUUGUGGAUGAGAAAAUAUUCUGCUGUCAUGGGGGUUUGUCACCAGACCUUCAGUCCAUGGAACAGAUAAGACGAAUCAUGCGCCCCACUGAUGUUCCAGAUCAGGGUCUGCUCUGUGAUCUCUUGUGGUCUGACCCGGACAAGGAUGUCUUAGGGUGGGGUGAGAAUGACAGAGGAGUGUCCUUCACGUUUGGGGCUGAAGUGGUUGCUAAGUUUCUCCAUAAACAUGACUUGGAUCUCAUAUGCAGAGCUCAUCAGGUUGUUGAAGAUGGAUAUGAGUUUUUUGCAAAAAGGCAGUUAGUAACUCUCUUUUCUGCCCCAAAUUACUGUGGAGAAUUUGACAACGCGGGUGCCAUGAUGAGCGUGGAUGAAACUCUAAUGUGCUCUUUCCAGAUUUUGAAACCUGCAGAGAAAAAGAAGCCCAACUCCAGCAGACCUGUAACGCCGCCCAGGGGUAUGAUCACAAAACAAGCCAAGAAAUAGUCGCUUUGGCGCUGCCUUGUUGGGACUUGUAUCAUAGCACCUAACCUCCCUUUUUAAAGCUGUCAUGUGUACUGUUCAGCUUGCUCCGAUAGAUAACGUGUUUGUGGUUUCCCUU